CUCGGAGGUGCUCAUAAUACAAAAGCGCGUCGGCCCUCGUCCUGCCAACCCGCUGUCCUUUCCUUCUGCCUGCUGUACCUCUAUACCAACAACCUGACCUGCCUGCUGUCCUCUCCUUUUUCCUCCUUGCCCUUUUAUCCUCAUCUCCUCUCUUUGGUUUGCGAAGCCUUGGCCUCCUGUCAGCUGGCCACUGUGGUUCACUCACUGCUGUGCCUUGUCCUGCGUCUUUAAUCGAGCCUUUUCAGCACCGAAUCCGCCUUGCUUAGUUAGAGCUGCUUCUACCUCGCAUCGAUCCUUUUCCAGCGAACCUAAGCGCAGAAAGGUAUUGCUUGCGACCACCAGUACCCAUCUAUCAUUACCACCCAGAACAACCACAUUACAGUCACCAUGUCUGGUAGCACCGUUCCUGCCGGGGCAGUAGUGCCCGAGGCUCACACUAUUGAGACCUUCCAGCCCCCUAGGGAGAUGCUUCAGAACCACCCAAGCAAACCUCAUCUUGCCAACUUUGAGGAGUACCAGAAGCUGUACAAGCAGUCCAUCACCGAGCCCAACGUGUUCUGGGCUGAGCGCGCCCGCGAGCUUCUGUCGUGGAGCAAGGAUUUCCAGACGGUCCACAGCGGCUCCCUCGCCAACGGUGACAACGCCUGGUUCGUAGAGGGCGAGCUCAACGCCUCGUACAACUGCGUCGACAGACACGCCCACAAGGACCCCAACAGAGUCGCCAUCAUCUACGAGGCCGACGAGCCCGGUCAGGGAAGGAAUGUCACCUAUGGCGAGCUCCUCAGGGAGGUCUCCAAGCUCGCCCAUGUCCUCACCAACUUGGGUGUUCGCAAGGGAGACACCGUCGCCAUCUACCUUCCCAUGAUUCCCGAGGCCAUCGUUGCCAUGCUUGCUUGCACCAGAAUUGGCGCCAUCCACUCCGUCGUUUUUGCCGGCUUCUCCUCCGACUCCCUCCGCGACCGUGUCGUCGAUGCCCAGUCCAAGGUUGUCAUCACCACCGAUGAGGGCAAGCGCGGUGGCAAGCUGAUUGGCACCAAGAAGAUCGUCGACGAGGCUCUCCAGCAGUGCCCCGAUGUUCGCAACGUGCUCGUCUACAAGCGCACCGGCGCCGACAUCAGCAUGACCCCCGGCCGUGAUCUCUGGUGGCACGAGGAGGUUGAGAAGUACCCUGCUUACUACACCCCUGUGGCCAUGGCCUCGGAGGAUCCUCUCUUCCUUCUCUACACCUCUGGCUCCACUGGCAAGCCCAAGGGAGUUGCCCACUCUACCGGUGGUUACCUGCUCGGUGCUGCCAUGACCGGCAAGUACGUUUUCGACAUCCAUGACGGCGACAGGUAUUUCUGCGGUGGUGACGUCGGCUGGAUUACCGGUCACACCUAUGUCCUCUACGCCCCGCUCUUGCUCGGUGUCUCUACCGUCGUUUUCGAGGGUACCCCCGCCUACCCCAACUUCUCCCGCUACUGGGACAUCAUUGAGGAGCACAAGGUCACUCAGUUCUACGUUGCUCCCACUGCCCUGCGCCUGCUGAAGCGCGCCGGUGACCAUCACGUUCGCAACGAGAUGAAGCACCUCCGUGUUCUCGGCUCUGUCGGUGAGCCCAUCGCCGCCGAGGUCUGGAAGUGGUACUAUGAUGUUGUCGGCAAGGGCCGCGCCCAGAUUUGCGACACCUACUGGCAGACCGAGACUGGCUCCAACGUCAUCACUCCCCUUGCCGGCGUUACCCCCACCAAGCCCGGUUCCGCUUCUUUCCCCUUCUUCGGUAUCGAGCCCGCGCUUGUCGACCCCGUUACCGGCGAGGAGAUCCACGGCAACGACGUUGAGGGUGUCUUGGCCUUCAAGCAGCCCUGGCCCAGCAUGGCUCGCACCGUCUGGGGUGCCCAUAAGCGCUACAUGGAGACCUACCUCCAUGUGUACAAGGGCUACUACUUCACGGGCGACGGUGCUGCCCGCGAUCACGAGGGCUUCUACUGGAUCCGCGGCCGUGUCGACGACGUCGUCAACGUUAGUGGCCACCGUCUCAGCACUGCCGAGAUUGAGGCUGCUCUGAUUGAGCAUCACUCCAUUGCCGAGGCUGCUGUUGUUGGUGUUGCCGACGAGCUCACUGGCCAGGCCGUCAACGCCUUCGUUGCCGUCAAGGAGGGUACCCAGAUCAACGAUGCUCUCCGCAAGGAGUUCGUCCUCCAGGUCCGCCGCAGCAUCGGGCCCUUCGCUGCUCCCAAGGCCAUCUACAUCGUUCCUGAUCUUCCCAAGACUCGCUCUGGCAAGAUCAUGCGCCGCAUUCUGAGGAAGAUUGUUGCCGGCGAGGAAGAUCAGCUUGGUGAUAUCACUACUCUCAGCGAUCCCAGCGUCGUUGCCAAGAUCAUCGAUGUCGUCCACGCGCAGCGCCAGUAAAGAAAUAUAGCGCAAACAAAGAAGUAAAAAGCAUAUAAACCUAUUUAAUCUUUUUUUCUUUAUUUCGAAUGGGGCAUGGGAUUUUGGGAUUCAUAUACCAUAGGGCUAGCCUACUAGUAUGCUGCAAGUCAGUGUCAGUAGUGGUAGUCAAACGUCCAGGAAAAGGGCAAAAGGGAAGGGAAACGGCAAUGAUUAUGUAUCGGUUUUAGGUCAAGGAGAAGAAGAGGAAGUGGAAAGCGAGGAGGAGGAACACUAGCGAGUUCUUUCUUCUACACAAGGAAGGACGCGCGGUCAGUUGGUCCGUCAUAUGUCGCCUCAGCAGGCAGGCACAUUGUUGAAAGAAGAGCGAUGUUUUUAUUUUUAUUUUUUGGUAUGUCAUAUCAUGGUACUUUUUUCCUUUUUUUUCUCCUUUUUUUUCCUUUUAACAAGUGUGCGUCGUUUUAUUUCUAUCUUCUUGGGUUACCACAUGUACUUGGAUACCUUUUGGGGAGAGAUCAAUAGAUUACUAGUUUGCAUUCAUUGCAACACGUGAAC